AAGAUUUUAAAGAUUCCCUACACCCAAUAAGUUUCAGAACUGCAAUGAGUGUGUUUUAAGCCAUUUGGACCCACAAGUGUGAGAAAGAGAGUACUUUCUAGGCGAUCAUUAAUACCCUUCAUGUUUAUAAGAAUUUGAAGCCUUUUUGGUAUUGUAUAUAUAAUGGCUUUGGCGACCAUUAUUAUCUCUUUUGUGGGUAUAAAUUAUAGGAGUAGUAGGAGGAGCCUACUUAGCGACUCAGUUGUUCUUUUUCUUUAAUGGGUAUUGAGUGUUUUUGGUCCCUUGUGUCUCUCGUGGGUUCUUUUUUGGAAUCUUGUUGGUGGGUUUUGUCCUGCUAAAAUAGUAAUAUUUUGUUUUCUCAGACACCAAAAUUUGAAGGGGUUGACCUAAAAUUGGUGUUUGUUUUUUGGACAGAGUUCUGGUUAUGUGAUUUUUGUGGGUUUUGAUCUUUUAUGAAGUGGGUAUGUCUAAAUGGAGUGGUUUUUGAAGUGGGUAUGAGGGUCUUUCUGCAGAUUAAUUAAGGAGAUGCAUUUUGGCUUUGAGGAGUUCAAGAUUGGUUUUUUGAGAAAUAUAAAGAGGGUUUUGAUUUUAGAAUGGUGAUUAAUUGAGGAUAAAAAUCACCACUGCGAUUCUGCGUUUUAUUUUUUGGCUUGAAAUAGGGGCACUGUUCUGUUGCUUUUAAAGAAAAAGUUUAUUUGGUUUGUUCUUUUCUGGCUUUUCCUGUGAUUAUAAGUUUUAAGGAGGUUUUCUUUAAGCUCUGCAUUAGCUUACCUGUGUAAGGAGUUUGAUUCUCUAAGAUUUAGUUGCUUUUACUCUUGUAAAAAUGGCUUGCAUGAAAUUGGGAUCUAAAAGCGAUGCAUUUCAAAGGCAAGGGCAGGCCUGGGAAAGAGGAAUUAUUGGCAGUGCAACUUCAGCACUAACCAAGUUGUAAAAGAUCUGUAUUACAGAUUUUAAUUUUGUUUUACGGAGCAUGAAGCUUCAGUUGACGUUUCCUCCUUCACCACCGACCUAAAGAAUGCUCCUUAAUGAUGCAUCGAGUACACUAUUAUUGGGUGAAAGACAGAUAUUGUCUUUAAAACUAUCAUGAAAUGUUAAUAGGUUCUGCACAACUGGGCUUCCUAGUGAUAUUGUUGUGGAAGUUGGGGAGAUGUCCUUCCAUCUUCACAAGUUCCCUUUGCUCUCUAGAAGUGGGCUAAUGGAAAGGUUGAUUGCAGAAGCAUCGGAAGAAGAAGAUGAGAAAUGUGUAAUAAAUCUUCCUGACAUUCCUGGUGGGGCCAAAACAUUUGAACUUGUGGCCAAGUUCUGUUAUGGUGUGAAACUUGAACUUACUUCCUCAAAUGUUGUGUACCUCCGUUGUGCUGCUGAGCAUCUUGAAAUGACUGAGGAUUAUGGAGAGGCAAAUCUAAUUACACAGACGGAGUCCUUUCUUAAUCAAGUAGUGCUUCGUAAUUGGAAAGACUCUUUAAAGGCACUCCAAACCUGUGAUGAUAUUCUUCCCUAUGCUGAAGAACUUCAAAUUACAAAGAGGUGUAUUGAAUCACUAGCCACAAAAGCAUGUACUGACCCAAAUGUAUUUGGAUGGCCCGUAAUGGAGCAUGGACCCAUGCAGAGCCCCGGGGGGAGUGUCUUGUGGAAUGGGAUAAGCACAGGGGCUAGACCCAAAAAUGCAAGUUCAGAUUGGUGGUACGAGGAUGUAUCAAUGCUGAGUUUACCACUAUAUAAGAGGUUGAUUUCCAUCAUGGAAUCUCGUGGCAUCAGGCAAGAGAUAAUUGCUGGAUCCCUUGCUUUCUAUGCCAAAAAAUACCUGCCUGGGUUGAACAGACGUCAAGGUGCCAGUGAGUCUAGUUCCCGUCUAAUUCCUGUGGCUUUAGCUCCACCUUCAGAAGAAGAGCAGAAAGUUUUACUAGAAGAUAUUGAUAGGUUACUUCCAAUGCAGAAGGGUCUAGUAUCAACCAAGUUCCUGUUUGGUCUACUUCGGACAGCCUUGAUCCUAAAAGCAAGCCCGUCUUGUAUAUCAAACUUGGAGAAAAGGAUUGGGUUGCAGCUUGAUCAAGCUACGCUAGAAGAUCUUUUGAUGCCCAAUUUCUCUUAUUCAAUGGAGACACUUUACAAUGUUGACUGUGUCCAGAGGAUUCUUGAACACUUCCUUGCCAUGGAUCAAACUACUGGUGGGACCUCUCCAUGUUCGGUUGAUGAUGGACAGCUGAUUGGAUCCCCAUCAUUAACACCAAUCACAAUGGUGGCCAAACUGAUUGAUGGAUACCUCGCAGAGGUUGCCCCUGAUGUGAAUUUGAAACUCCCCAAGUUUCAGGCUCUUGCUGCCGCAGUUCCUGAUUAUGCCAGGCCCUUGGAUGAUGGCCUUUAUCGUGCAAUAGACAUUUACCUGAAGUCACACCCAUGGUUGGCAGAGUCCGACAGAGAACAGCUUUGCAGGCUAAUGGACUGCCAGAAGCUCUCCUUGGAAGCCUGCACUCAUGCUGCGCAGAACGAGAGGCUGCCACUAAGAAUAGUGGUCCAAGUUCUCUUCUUUGAGCAGCUUCAGCUCAGGACUUCUAUUGCUGGCUGCUUUCUGGUUUCCGACAAUCUUGACGGGUCAAGACAGCUGAGAAGUGGCUUUGCUGGGUCUGCUGAGGGAGGCUGGGCCACAGCUGUAAGAGAGAAUCAGGUUUUGAAGGUUGGGAUGGACAAUAUGAGGAUGCGAGUUUCUGAGCUUGAGAAGGAAUGUUCUAACAUGAGGCAGGAGAUUGAGAAGUUGGGUCGGCCGAAGGGUUCUAGUGCUUGGGGAAACGUGUCUAAGAAAUUCGGGUUUAAGAUAAAGUCCCAGAUGUGCAGUGCUCAAGAGGGUUCUGUUAGCAACCAGAACAAUGGCAGUGUCAAGAAUGAGAAGCCUAAAGUAAGGCAUGGAAAGCACAAGAAGAGCUUGUCUCAUGAAGAGUGAGACAAAAAUUCUUUAAUUUUAUUUCUCUUUUUGCCUUGUUUCUUUUUCCAUAUCAAAUUGUAAUUGUUAUUAAUUGUACUUACUGAUGGUUAGUUCAAAAACUGAAGUUCCACUUCAUUGUUUGUUUAAUGCUUUUCACUUUAGUGUUGCUGUAAUUUAAUUUAGUUUUUGUAGUUUCUGCCUUGUAUGGAGAUGGAAGCAAAAGCUGUAAUUUGUAGUUCUUGUAGCAUUAUCAAUGAACAGUUUCUCAUUAUAACCAUUUC